AAUAGGAAACGAUAUGAACGAGAUUCUUAAAUAUAACGGUUUGCAGCACAUCGCAGACGCACUCGAAGAGGAAGGAAUUGCGAAUGUGAGAGACUUUCGUAAUUUUGACUUACCGCAACUUCAAACGUCAUCUUUCAUAAAAUCUCACGAAAUCGAACAGCUCAGCAGAAUUAAGGAGAAACUAAAUGCAACAACGGCUAUGGCGUGGGACUUGGAUAUUGAAGAAAUAAUGAAGAAUGCAGAUGAAACGAGUAGCACGAUACUUCAAAUGGCAUCUCUGCUUGACGGAAAAUUGAUUGCUAAGGAUUUGCUGUUGCGUAUGAUUUUCGACCAAGAUGGCAACGUCUCUGAUAAUAAAAGAUAUCUAAAUCAGUCCAUUUCUCGUUUGUCAAGAUUUUGUCUCGUAAACGAUGACGGCGGUUUCAGCAUGCACGGUUUGGUGCAACAGAGUGUGGUGGAAGCAAUGAUCAGAAAAGGAACAUUCUCUCGUCAACUGCAUGCUCUUUGCAAUUGUCUCACCAGUUCGUUGCCUCAAUCAGUGGGCCAAGUUCGUAGAAGAUUGAAUGACAAGCAAAUGAUUGACUUAGCUUCUCACGUUUAUGUAGCUUCUUUUCAUGUUUUGCGGUCUGGGCAACUGGAUGAGGAGGGUUGGUUGCUAUUGCGAAUAUCCUGCUGGAUGGCAAUACAGUAUGAGCAUUUAGAAGAAGCGGAUCAUCUCUGUCAAAGUAGACUGGAUUUAGUAAAGAGAGUUUCACGGCAGUGCCACGUGGAAGGCAAAAAGCUCGUUCAUUCAUUGAUAGAUAUGGGUAAAGUUUAUAUGCAAUUGGCCAAUCAUCAGGAAGCUGUCAGGAUUUUUGAGGAAGCGUUGGACCUGAGUAAGAGAUGUGGUACUCAACUAGAUCCAAAAUUGUGUUUUGAAGCUCAGUUACAAUUGGCUUCUUGCCACCGCUCGUUACGACGUUACGAACUAUCUGAGCAGCUCUAUCUGCAACUUCUCAUCGUUGCUGAAGAUGAAGUAUUACCACAGUCAUACAUCUCUUCGGUUCUCAACGAUCUUGCAUCAACAUACAAUGAAUGGGGAAAGAUGUCUGCUGCAAUAGAGAACUUUGAAAAGAGUUUAACUUUGCAAAGAAAUCAAUCAGAUGUCAACGAGUUGUCGAUAUCCACUACUAUCACAAAUCUUGCAUCCUGUUAUCAAACGAGUGGACAACUAGACCGAGCUCUCAUGUUGUAUGAAGAAGCGUUCACAAUCAUAACAAAAGUCUUACCGUCUUUUCAUCCGUCAUUAGCUUUGGUAAUGAGACAUCUUUCUUCCUGUUACCUUCAUCAAGGACGAAUGGAUCGUGCGAUGCCGUUGGCCAUGAAUGCUUUAGAUGUAGCGUCAUCAUCGCUGCCCAGCAAACAUCCCGAAUUGGGAUGGUGUACAGACGAGAAACAGAUUCUCUAUUGUUACAAUAAAUUGCUGAAUUCCAUCAUGUAUAGAUUUGAAGGAAGCUGCUUCAUGUCAUCACCAUUCAGGAUCGUUUGAUGAAGCUCUUCGAUUGUAUAAAAGAGCGGCAGAUAUUUUCAGUCAUCAACUGCCUACAGAAGCCACCUCACCAUCUAUCGUAAAUCAUAACGUCGCUUUGGUGUAUAAUGAAAUUGGACAAAAUGACAAAGCGGUGGAACUCAUGACAGAAAGUAUAAAAAUCAAGAAACAAAGCCUACCUGAAAACCAUCCGGAAAUUGCUCAAUCUGUGGUAACGCUUGGCGGCUUUCUGUUUUACAAGAAUGAUUUCGAUGAGGCCGUUGUUCAUCUUGAGUCAGGUCUGUCUAUUCUACGGGAAGAACUACCGAGUAGUCCGUUUAUAGCCAAUGGUCUGUAUUAUCUUGCAUGCAUUGCGAUGGAACGAGAGCAAUAUCUAGAUGCACAACGACACGCCACUCAGUGUUUGCACUUGAGCCAAGAUAUUUAUCCACAAGAACGCAACGAAAUUAUUAGUGCACAAGAGUUGGUUCAUGAAAUCGAACAUUAUAUUACAAGUGGUAGCAAACAAAGAGAAAUAACAUCAAUAAUGUAAUGGAUGCAACCAUACAAAACAUGAUAUUUUUGAGUGCAUUGUUGUUUAGCAAAAUAAUUUAAUUUAGCUGCGCAGUUAGCUUACCGUUGA